AUGGGUGCUGUGUGGUUUAGUUGUGGCGGGUCUCUCCCCUCCCCUCCCUGGUUCACAGUGCUGUUAAUGGCGUGGGUGCUGUGUGGGCUGGCCGUGGGUGCCUGGUCGCCCAGCCCCCUGGUUCACAGUGCUAAUGGCGUUGUGGUGCUGGUAGCGGCGUGGGUGCUGUGUGGGCUGGGCGUGGCCGCAUGGCUGGUAUACAAGAAGCACUCGCUGUACGUGAAUCAAAGGGAGGAGGCGCUGGGCGUGUGGUGCAAGGAGCGCGCCCUCAUGCUGCAGCAGCUCGUGCUCACCCAUGUGGGGCAGAUGCAGGUGAGGUUGGUAGAAUGGGUUAUUCUUACCUGCAGCAUGAGUGCUCCUCUCAUGCCCGCCUGCCCUCAUGCUGCAGCAGCUCGUGCUCACCCAUGUGGGGCAGAUGCAGUGCUCCUCUCAUGCCCGCCUGCCCUCAUGCUGCAGCAGCUCGUGCUCACCCAUGUGGGGCAGAUGCAGGUGAGGCUGCAGUGGUGUCAGGACACAACUGUCGUACUUACCCCUUGCAGCAUGGGUUCUGCCCUCCACCCUCCCGCCCUCAUGCUGCAGCAGCUCGUGCUCACCCAUGUGGGUCAGAUGCAGGUAAGGUUUGAUUGGUGUCGACGCUAUGGGCAAGCCGGGGCGGAGGGGCAAGUGUGCAACACCAACACGGUGCUAUACAUCUAUGCCAUUCAACUAUGCUAUUGCUUGACGUUCUUCCUGCCGUCUGUCCUCCCAUCCCAUGCACAGACACUGACAGGCAUCAUCUCAGUGAUGGGAAAACCAGGGCGGAGGGGCAAGUGGGAGUUGGACACGUGUUUGAAUGGCAGCACCUGGGAGGCUUACCUCACUCGCACUGCCUAUGCCCGCCCAGGCAACACAGGGGCGACUGCUUGCGUCUUUGUCAGAGAUGCGGAGAGGUCAGCAUUUGAGCGCCAGUACGGCAGCAUCAGGGACAACACUAAGAACGUCAGUGCCCACCGCCCCAUCUACUGCCCCAAGAUCCUCGAUUUCUCCACAGUCGUGGCACUGAACGGGUCAUGGAAUAUCGAUCCCUUGAAGCGAUUUCGCACAGAAAUUCCACUUCUUGUGGCGGGAAAGCCACUUUACACGUGGCCGUAUCCCAUGGGAAGCCCUCCCGAUCAUACUGGAUUCGGCUUGGGAUUUCCUCUUCGGCGCAAUGUGUCUCCGACCAGCACGAGCAAGGCAGCCGCGUCGACGGUGUAUGGGACACUUGCUGCCUCCAUUGACGUGACAUCCAUUGCACAGAAGGUCCUAGAGGAGCUGUAUGCACCUGAUCCGUCUUCUCUCUUCGCCAUUGUCUCGCCAGUCCCGCCGCACACCUACUUCCGCCCUGACGACUCUCGCUCCUACAUGCUUCCCUCUCCUCUCUCCGAAGCCCGCCCCUGGGAGGGACCGACCGUGGUGCCUCUUGCUGAGCUAGGAGCAGGCGUGCGCCAGUACGAGGCUUGGUGCAGGCACACCCAACCUCCCAACAUGUGGCAGCCAUGGGGCAUCCCCAUCCUCAUCGCCCUUUUUACCCUCCUCCUUGUGCUGCUCGUGUUGGUGGCGGCAUGGAUUCAGCGGGCCCAGUACUUCCAGACGCAGCAGCAGAUGGCAGACGCUGAUAGGCUGAGGAUGCAGAGGCUUCAAAGAGCAUGUUUGUGGCGAGCAUGUCGCAUGAGCUCAGGACGCCAAUGA